AGUCAUGCUUACAUAAAACACCAAAGAGAUCACUGAGUAGGAAAUCCCGACUACCUACUUUCAGCUCUCCUGUUAAUGACACAGAGAUACAGCAAGAAAUCUUUUGGGAUCCUCACUCACCAAUUGCAUACAGACUAGGCAAUGGAAAAACCAAACAGUCUACCAGUAGAUGCGCAGUAGAAAUUUCAGAAAUUGUUAAUCGUAUUGCUCCUCAGGAUGAAAAAGCAGCCUGUAACGAAGGCUCCCUUUUAGGGACGUGGAUUGGUAAGGAUGCUAUUCCCUGUACACCUGGAGUAGUAAAAGUGCGAGCUAGGACAAAGUUAAGUUGUACAAGAGAACUUAAAAUAAAAAAUCCUGAAGAGGAACUCAUGAAAUUGGCUAAGGAAUUUGAUAAAAAUCUAGUAGAGCUAGAUGCUGUUCAGGAACAAGAGAAGCUUGGUCAUGACUCCAUCCAGAUUGCCUCAGAGUCUUUAAAUAAUUCUAAUGAUGAAGUAAAUAUGAAGAACCUGAAAUCAUUCCUUGGUGAAGUUCCCGAAAGAGAUACUGCUCUGUCCCUGAAACCAGUUGGACAGAGCACUGGCAUCCCUGCUGCAGAGCCCUGUCAAUCUAGCAGUCAAAAGUCUAUAGACCUUGAGGCUGAAAUAGCCCUUCAUGCUCUUUUUGACAGCUCUACCCAGAAGUGUAGUGGACAGUUGAGCCAAGGACUAUCAGGUAUUUCUUUGAAUAAUAGUUUCUGUGAAAAUAAAAGCACCUUGGAAGAGGAACAUCUUACUGAGCAAAUUAAAGACAUGCAACAUGGUAAUUCAGAGGCAUAUCAAAAAGAUACUCCGUGCGCACCAGGAAGCGUGAACCAGAGUUUUCCAAAACCUGAUACUCACACGUUGACGAAAAAAAAUCCUUGUCCUUUGAAGACACAAUUGGUGGUCUCCGAUAAGCUUGCUGGAGUAGUUAAUGAUGAUUUUGAUGACUGGGAUACAGAUUUUUUGGCAGAUGACUCUUUUGUGAUGCAAAUAACCCAAAAUCCUGAAUUGAUAAGUACUGAAGAAGCACCACCAAUUCCUACAAAUCCUUCUAUGCAUGGUUUCAGUGAUGCUAGCAGAACAAAGGAGAGAAGUAGUUGCAAUUCAGUAACUUUGUUGGGGAGUGUACACAAACCUAACAGUUUGCAAUUUUCACCUUUGAAACAUUCUAGUAAAAACGCACAAAAUGUUGCAAAAUCUCUUUCUUUACAAAAGUCAUGUAAGAUGGCAGAAAACUCAAAGACAGAGACCACAGCCUUUCAUGGCAAAUGUGAUGUUAAGCCAGAUAACAUAAAGUCUAUUUGGAAAAGUGCUCAAACCAGUGAUUUGAAAUAUAUUCCUGUUUCAAAGCAAUUUCAAGUUAAGAAUGGAAAUGAAACUACUCAGCCUAAAAGCGAUCCUCUUCCUCUUUUUCCUUCAAGAUCUAAUCUUCAUAGACAACGGACUGAAAAACCUGGGAAUAACACUCACAGUAUUUUCUGUCAAUCAUCCAGUGUUCCUACCAAUACGAAACCUAAGGAUCUAACUAAAGUGGUUAACCAAGGUCACUUAAAUCAAGUAGAAAUACCAAAGAAAUGUCCUCUGUCAUUUGACGACUGGAAUGAACCGAAAUUCUCUGAUGAGAUACUAGAUAUGUUUUGUGAAUCUGAUAGUCUUUGGGAUGCAAACUGUGAGGAUGAUGAAUUGUUGUAUCAGGUGUGUGAUGAUAUAGAAAAGCAGACUCAGAGCCAGGAUGUUAAACAUGGAAAUGAAAGAGCCAAAACUAUACAAGGAGCCAGUAUUAAUUUCAGAUCAAAUGCUGAUAACAGCUUCCCAUCAUCUAAACAAGGACUACCUGAUCGCCUCUUGGCACAAAAAACAAAUGCAAGACAGGACACCCUCUCACUAAACGAUUCCUGUAGGAAUUCAUCAAACGUGACACGUGAGCUGGCCACAACAGGUCACGUAGUGAACUGUAAAAACAUCUCAAGUCCUCUAACUGUGAUCUCAGGUACUUCUGUGGAGUGUAAAUACACACUGUCUAAAAACUGUCAUCAGGCUGCUUCUGAAGAUACUACAAAGACUAUUUUGGGAAAAUGGUACAGGUCAAAUUCUGUGCCGGUAGGAGAGACUGGUUCUGAAGGAAGUCCUGUUAAUGCAGUGAACAGUUUUAGUAGCAAAACAUUAGACAGCCCAGAUCUUUUGUAUAAUACGGGAAAGGUGCCAAAUAACAGUUCUGGUAACAAAACAUCGCUUAUGCCAUCAAAGUUUAAGUUCCGAAAGACUAACAGUUCUCAGGGUGCUCUUCAUGUAGGGUCUGAAAAUCCAGGGAGUCAUUCUGGCAUUGGAAUUACUCUGCAGGGUUUGGAAGGAAGCAAGAAUCAGGUGAAUGUGAAUUUGCACACCAAGCUUGACAAUAAGAAAUCACCUUUCAAGAGGCACCUUUCAGAGUCUUUUGCACUGCCUACAUCAGUGUCUGUGGUGGAACAAAAAAAUAGAAAAUGUUCUCAAGAAGAGAUUGAAAGAAAAAAACAAGAAGCUCUUGCACGAAGAAAAUCCAGAAUGCAGGCAUUCUCUAAAGAUGCUUGA